GACGGAAGCGGCCGUUGGGCUCAGACUCGAGAGCGGCCGCGUUGGGAUGAACAUUGAGAUGUAUAAGGGGCACGGGGUGACCAGUAAGGUCUGAGUUGGUCUGUAAUAAGAGUUGAAGCCCUCACGUCGCCACCGCUGACCCCAGGUGUAAAUGGGAGGAGAUGCCGGUUCCUCCCGAGCAGCUUCUCACGCCGGCGAUGCUGGGCGGUGAACCCGAACCGCUGCCGGUGGCCCCCCUGGUGGCCCUAUCGUGCGCCGUACCAGACGCCGAAGUGGACGAGGAGAGCAGCCGCUUGGAGCGGCUCCUCGGGGACAAGGAGCGGGAGUGGCACGAGCUGCAGAAGCUGCGAGCGCGUGUGCUGGCGGAGUCGGUGCGGCGAGCGGAGAGGGCGACUGCUGAGGAGAGGGAGCGCUUCCUGCAGCUCAAGGAUGACUUCAAGUUCAACCUCAGGCUGCUGGAGGAGCGCGAUGGUGAGCUGGAGCACUGCGAGGCGGAUUUGGCGAGCGCACGCUCCGACAACGUGGAGUUACGUGCCCACGUCAGCGAGCUGAGCGUGCAGGCCGACCGCCUGCGCUCCGCCCUGGCCGCUGCGAGGCGCGACGGCGAGGAGGAGAUGGCGCAGCACCGUGAAAGGCUGCGGGAACUCCGCCUGGACACGGAGAGGGCACGUGGGGUGGUGGAGGCUCAGCUGAGCCAGCGCAGCGAGGAAUUGGAGCGGCUGAGGAGGGAGCUCGAGAGAAAGGUGGAGGAGACCUGUGGGGAGCUCGGCCUGCAGAAGCAGGAGCUGCUCGCCGAGUUUGAUGUGCACUUGCAAAAGCGCGAGCACGAAUUCCGUCUCCAUGCCGACCAGAUGAGCAACACGGUGCUGGCACACGAGCUCAAGGUUCGGCUGCUGGGCAAGGAGCUGGAGGCAGCUCAGGCAGCGAACGAGCGCUAUGGGGCCGCGCUGGGCAGCCGCCGAGACAGGCGCAGGUGGAGCUGGAGAAGCGUCUGCGCGAGGCCGAGUGGGCCCUACGGGACGAGGUGGCCGUGCGUGACGCCAGGAUCAAGGAGCUGGAGGAACGGGCUGAGGAUGCACGGUCGGCACACGCCAAGGAGCUGGAGCUGCUGAACCGCAAGUGCACUGAGCUGGACCGUCAAACGCGGGAGAGCGCCGCCUCGCUGGAGCGAGUGAGGGCGGCUGGCGCGGAGCGCGAGCGAGCGCUGGAGGCACAGCUGCGGGAGCUGCGCGGGGAGCUCCAGGAUGGGGAGGUGAAGCGCAAGCGGCUGGAGUGGAG